AAAAACUUAAAACCCAGAAAUCUCACUUUCUUUCUCUCUCCGAGGUGCAUUUCUCAUGGUAUUUUGGCUUUUCUGAGAAUAACUGAGUGGCUGUAACGUGGGUCUUGUUGCCUUUUCAUUACAUAUCAUAUGUAACUGAUGCUGGGUUUUUGUUCGUUUUUGCGUUGGAAACGGAGGUACUAAGUUUCGGUUCUUCAUUUUUAGCGUAGAUUGAUUUCACUGUGACUGCAGAAAAAGCUAGUAUAUCUUGGCAGUAUAAAGACCCUCCAUUUUUUUUCAAUUUUUCUGGUGUCAAUUUUGGGGUGUAGUAGCUUUUGUGAGGUACCCAUAUAGCUACUGCUGGUGAUUUGUUCUUUUCCGAUUUGUUUGCUUGCAUUUAAUGUUGUUUACAUUAGAAAUUUUGUUGCUUGGUGAGGUUGAUCGAUCUUAUAGCUAAUAGGAUCACUGAUUUGUGAUAAGAAGGAACCAUUUGUGGGUUCUUCUUCCCUUCUUUACUCCCACAAAUUUUGGUUCUGUUUUGAGUUUUGGAGAGAGAAACCCAUUUGGCUGUUGUGGAGAUAGAUCUGGCACUUGUUACGUCUCUUAUGCCCCAUGAGUCCUUUUUUUUCCCCAUCUGAUUCAUGUAAGGAAUCACAGCUUAAUGCUCUCAAUCCUCAGUCUUGGCUCCAAGUUGAAAGAGGGAAACUUUCGAAAUUCUCCUCUCAGUCUUCAUCUUCUUCAUCCAUUGUGUCUUUUAUCAAGGUUCCAGAGCCGCCGGUUUUACCAUUCUUUAAGCCUGUUGAUUAUGUAGAAGUUUUAGCCCAAAUUCAUGAAGAACUCGAUUCUUGUCCUCCAGAAGAGAGAUCAAAUCUGUAUUUAUUGCAAUUUCAGAUCUUCCGGGGUCUUGGUGAAGCCAAGCUGAUGCGGAGAAGCCUCCGCUUAGCUUGGCAGAAGGCAAGCUCCAUCCAUGAGGAGCUUGUAUUUGGAGCAUGGUUGAAGUAUGAGAAGCAAGGGGAAGAGCUUAUUGCUGAUUUGCUUGCUACUUGCCGCAAAUGUGCAGAAGAGUUUGGGCCCAUGGAUGUUUCUAAGCUUGCAGUUGACAUAACCGACUGCUCACAAGAGACUGUUUUGAUGAGCAGGGGCCAUAUACUGAGAAGUGUGAGCUUUAAGAUUGGAGAUGAGAAAAUAGUCUGUGAUAGACAGAAAAUUGCUGCUCUUUCAGCUCCAUUUCAUGCCAUGCUUAAUGGAUCUUUCAUGGAAUCACUUUGUGAGGAUGUAGAUUUAUCUCAAAACAAUAUUUCUGCUUCAGGUAUGAGGGCAAUAAGGGAGUUCAGUAUGACUGGUAGUUUGAUUGAAGUGCCUCCUAACCUUUUGUUGGAGAUAUUGGUUUUCGCAAACAAGUUUUGUUGUGAAAGGCUCAAAGUUGCUUGCGAUAGAAAACUUGCAUCUUUAGUGUCCUCUAGAGAAAAUGCUCUGGAACUCAUGGAAUAUGCUACUCAAGAGAACUCCCCUAUCCUUGCUGCAUCAUGCUUGCAAGUUUUUCUACAUGAAUUGCCUGAUUGUUUGAAUGAUAAACAGGUGGUGGAUAUUUUUAUAAAUGCUGAUAAACAACAGAAAUCAAUCAUGGCUGGGCAGGCCUCAUUUUCACUUUAUUGUUUGUUAAGUGAAGUUGCUAUGAACCUUGACCCUUGUUCUGAUAGAACAGCUUCUUUGCUGGAACAAUUGAUAGGGUCUGCUGAAACUGACCACCAGAGACUGUUGGCUUUCCAUCAAUUGGGAUGUGUGAGGCUUCUCAGGAAAGAAUAUGAAGAAGCUGAACGUCUUUUUAAGGCAGCUUUAAAUUUAGGUCAUCAUUACUCUGUUGCAGGUUUGGCUAGAUUAGGCUAUAUCAAGGGUCAUAAGGUUUGGUCUUAUGAAAAGCUCUGCUCUGUGAUUUCUUCUUCAAAUCCACUUGGAUGGAUGUAUCAAGAAAGAUCAUUAUAUUGUGAAGGUGACAAAAGGUGGGAAGACCUUGAUAAAGCAACUGAGUUGGAUCCUACCCUUACUUAUCCAUAUAUGUAUCGGGCUGCUUCCUUAAUGAAGAAACAGAACGUGAAAGCUGCACUGACAGAGAUAAAUAGGGUUCUUGGAUUUAAACUUGCAUUAGAAUGUUUGGAACUGCGGUUUUGUUUCUAUUUGGCUAUUGAGGACUACAAAUCAGCCAUUUGUGAUGUUCAGGCAAUUCUUACUCUCUCCCCAGAUUACAGGAUGUUUGAGGGACGUGUGGCAGCAUCCCAGCUCCAUACUCUUGUGCAUGAGCAUGUUGGCAAUUGGACAACUGCAGAUUGCUGGCUGCAAUUGUAUGAUCGAUGGUCUUCUGUUGAUGAUAUUGGGUCUCUCUCUGUGAUCUAUCAAAUGCUUGAAUCUGAUGCAGCAAAAGGUGUUCUAUACUUCAGGCAGUCUUUACUUCUCCUGAGGUUGAACUGUCCUGAGGCAGCUAUGAGAAGUUUGCAAUUAGCUCGUAAACAUGCUUCCAGUGAUCAUGAGCGUCUGGUGUAUGAGGGAUGGAUAUUAUAUGAUACUGGUCACUGUAAGGAAGGUUCACAGAAGGCAGAGGAGUCUAUAAAAAUUAAGAGAUCUUUUGAAGCAUUCUUUCUUAAAGCCUAUGCCUUGGCUGAGUCUUGCGAAGAUUCAUCUUGUUUUUCAACUGUUAUCUCUCUUCUUGAAAAUGCCUUGAAAUGCCCUUCAGACAGGCUGCGGAAAGGCCAGGCACUUAACAAUCUUGGAAGUGUUUAUGUUGAUUGCGGGCAGUUAGAUUUGGCUGCUGAUUGUUACAUUAAUGCCCUUAAAAUCCGACAUACACGGGCCCAUCAAGGCCUUGCUCGGGUCUACUUUCUGAGAAAUGAUAAAGCUGCUGCUUAUGAGCAAAUGACCAAACUAAUUGAAAAGGCUAAGAAUAAUGCUUCUGCCUACGAGAAGAGAUCCGAGUAUUGUGAUCGUGAGCAAACAAAGGCUGAUCUGGAGAUGGUCACUAAAUUAGAUCCCCUCCGAGUAUACCCUUACAGAUAUCGAGCAGCAGUGUUAAUGGACAGCCAGAAGGAGAAGGAAGCAAUUGCAGAACUAUCAAGAGCGAUAGCAUUCAAAGCAGAUGUUCACCUGCUGCACUUGAGAGCAGCAUUCCAUGAGCAUGUCGGUGAUGUCACGGCUGUCCUACGGGAUUGUCGAGCUGCUCUCUCUGUGCAUUACCCCUCCUCAUGGUGGGUUCGAAACCCACCCUUGUAAAACUUGGUCAAAAAAAAAAUUACAUACCAUUUACAUGAGCCUAGAGAAACGAGAAAUGAGUCCACUUUCUAUUAUUUUGCUCAUGUUUAAUUAUUAUUAAUCAAUUAUAUCGCUGAUGUAAUAUAAUGAUUGUGAUAAACUCAUCUACUUCAAUGUAAUAAGCACAUCUAUUUUGCUAUUAUUGAAGUAUAUUAAAGGAAAGUGUAACUAUUAAAAUGCUUAAUAACAGUUGCUAUAGCAAAAUAUAAAAUCUUUAAUUUGUU